AUGGCAAAAGAAGGAAUGAAAAGUGAAAAAUAUAUUAAACAUAUGGUUCAACCAGGUGAUACAUUGCAAGGCCUUGCUUUAAAAUAUGGCGUAACGAUGGAACAAUUGAAGCGAGCAAACAAGAUGUGGACAACUGAUAGCCUGUUUCUGCGUUCUUUCCUAAACAUACCUGUAGACACAGAAGCUUUCACUGUUUCUUCCAUUUCCUCUGCUUCUCAAUCGCCGCAGCUCUCUCCUGUGAAACACUGCGAAAAUGGCAACAACUUUAUGAACUCUCAUUCGUUGGACUUGUCUGCUCGGCUGAACUCUAGCAUAUGUGAGGACGGUGCCCAUCCUGAGAGGGAGGAGAGUGCAGCCGAUUUUUUGAUACGUAUUGACAGCCAUAUAGCCCAAACUAAAGACAAAGUCUUGAAGCUUCAAAACAAAGUAGUGUACUCGGAGGAUGACCUCCACAACUCACGAGACGGUUUUUCCUCACGACUGGGAUACCAGUACCAGCGCAGCAGUCUAACUGGUUCUUCAUCUCUCAGCAAUCUAAAUGUGGAUCCUUCUAUAACCCCCCAGACUGUGGUCAUGACCAAAGGACGCAUGGUGCGCUCUUCACUCAAAAAACUUGAAAAGCAACAAGAUGAAAUUUUCGAGUUAUAACCAGCACAAACUGCUGAAUGGCAACACUUCAUUGUGAAAAAGUAAAAGACGCACGAGAUCACGUUCGAUAGAUUUUUAAAUUAGUUGAGCGACGAC